AAAAUGUAAUAGAAAGAAGUUGAUGAGACUCAAGAGGAAGUGAAAACCAUAAAGGCAAUCACACCAAAAGUAUUAAUUGGUUCAUUUUGACAAGGAAAUAAAGAAGAUCGUGAAACCCCAAUUCGAGGCAAAUCCAGAACUAUUUUAUCCAACAAAAGUGUUUGACAAAUUUGGGUUCACCAGAUGCAAAUGUCCUAAAUGUGGAGCCUACUUUUGGAGACACACCGAUAAAAAGAUUACUUGUGGGGAUUCGAAGUAGUUCAUGUUUAAAUUUGUAAUAGCUGCGAAGGAAAAUAUUCAUUCAUCGGAGUUGGGACUGGAAAGGGAGCCAAAGGCAACAAGAUUACAUAUGCUGAUGCUUGGAAUGGGUUCAAGAAGUCGUUAACGAGUGCUCGAGUACCAUGCACAGCAAUAGAUAGAUAUCCAGUUGUAGCUAGAUGGAGAAAUGACGUAGAUUAUGUAGCUGCCGGUAUCUAUUGUUUCCAACCAUUUUGUGUUACUGGAGAGAUGGAUCCACCUGCAAAUCCUCUAAUUUGUCCCCAGUUUUGUGUUAGAUUCAAUGAUUUGGAUAAUAUCGGUUUGACAGGUAGACAUUAUUCAGGAUUCAUAAUGCUUGGGAUAUAGACAUUCAAUUAUCCUGAGAAGUAUGUGUUCUUUAAGGAGGAAUGCGUCGAGUUCAAUUACAGAUGGUUGACAGAGGAAUUAGAAAUAAACCCAGACGAUAUCACAUUUAUAGAAGAUGUUUGGGCAGGAGGAGGAAACUUGGGACCAUCAGUCGAAUAUUUUGUGAAUGGACUAGAGGUAGGAAACAUGGUGUUCAUGUAAUAUAAAUAUUUUCAUGAUGGUUCUUAUGAAGAAUUGCCAAUCAAGAUCAUAGAUACAGGUAUUGGAUUAGAACGUAUUCCUUGGUUGAUUAAUGGAUCGCCAACCAGUUACCAUGAUGUCUUUGCAGGAGCCUUUGCCUAUUUAUCAGAGAAGUUGCAGGUUCAAUAUUCAAAUGAAGUAUGGAAAGCCUUUGGACCUUAUAGUUGUUUAUUGAAUGUUGAUGAGAUUGAAAAUGUGGAUAAGACAUGGGAGUACAUCUCAACAUAGAUUGGAUAUGAUGUUCCAACUAUCAAAAAGGAAAUAGAAUAAUUAAAAGAUAUGUAUAUCAUAUUGGAUCACACUCGUACAGUAAUGAUGGUUGUAACUGAUGGAUCUCUGCCAUCUAAUGUAGGUGGUGGUUCCAAUAUCAGGAACAUUAUUAGGAGAGUAUUUGCUGUGUUAAAGAAGAAUAGUUGGUGGGAGAAGUUGGGAAUGGAUGGACUGUUGUAAUUGUUUUAGGAACACAAAAAUGAUUUGGCCAAACUGUAUGGUCCAUUUGGAGAGUAUAAGAGUUUCGAUUUAAUAAUCAAAUAGGAAUAUGAGCGUUGGGCCAAAACAGAUGAUGACAAGAAAGUUAAAUUAGAAAAAUUAUUGAAACAAAAGAAUAAUCAAUUAAGUAUCGAUGAUUGGAUAUUUGCUAUGAGUACACAUGGUAUUCCUGCAGACACUAUCAGUCAAAUCAGUAAAUUACCUAUUCCUGGUAACCUAUAUGCUGAGUUGGCUGACAGGGCUGCCAGAAUCACAAAAGCACCAGAGGCCAUCCUGUACAAUACAGUACACUUACCUGAAACUGUCAAUCUCUAUUAUCAAACACCAAAAGAUGGAAAAUUCAAUGCCAAAAUUGUUACCAUUUUCUCAAAUGUUCAAUAAUAGAAUCUACCAAAUAUAGUUAUCUUGAAUCAAUCNCCAUGCACAGCAAUAGAUAGAUAUCCAGUUGUAGCUAGAUGGAGAAAUGACGUAGAUUAUGUAGCUGCCGGUAUCUAUUGUUUCCAACCAUUUUGUGUUACUGGAGAGAUGGAUCCACCUGCAAAUCCUCUAAUUUGUCCCCAGUUUUGUGUUAGAUUCAAUGAUUUGGAUAAUAUCGGUUUGACAGGUAGACAUUAUUCAGGAUUCAUAAUGCUUGGGAUAUAGACAUUCAAUUAUCCUGAGAAGUAUGUGUUCUUUAAGGAGGAAUGCGUCGAGUUCAAUUACAGAUGGUUGACAGAGGAAUUAGAAAUAAACCCAGACGAUAUCACAUUUAUAGAAGAUGUUUGGGCAGGAGGAGGAAACUUGGGACCAUCAGUCGAAUAUUUUGUGAAUGGACUAGAGGUAGGAAACAUGGUGUUCAUGUAAUAUAAAUAUUUUCAUGAUGGUUCUUAUGAAGAAUUGCCAAUCAAGAUCAUAGAUACAGGUAUUGGAUUAGAACGUAUUCCUUGGUUGAUUAAUGGAUCGCCAACCAGUUACCAUGAUGUCUUUGCAGGAGCCUUUGCCUAUUUAUCAGAGAAGUUGCAGGUUCAAUAUUCAAAUGAAGUAUGGAAAGCCUUUGGACCUUAUAGUUGUUUAUUGAAUGUUGAUGAGAUUGAAAAUGUGGAUAAGACAUGGGAGUACAUCUCAACAUAGAUUGGAUAUGAUGUUCCAACUAUCAAAAAGGAAAUAGAAUAAUUAAAAGAUAUGUAUAUCAUAUUGGAUCACACUCGUACAGUAAUGAUGGUUGUAACUGAUGGAUCUCUGCCAUCUAAUGUAGGUGGUGGUUCCAAUAUCAGGAACAUUAUUAGGAGAGUAUUUGCUGUGUUAAAGAAGAAUAGUUGGUGGGAGAAGUUGGGAAUGGAUGGACUGUUGUAAUUGUUUUAGGAACACAAAAAUGAUUUGGCCAAACUGUAUGGUCCAUUUGGAGAGUAUAAGAGUUUCGAUUUAAUAAUCAAAUAGGAAUAUGAGCGUUGGGCCAAAACAGAUGAUGACAAGAAAGUUAAAUUAGAAAAAUUAUUGAAACAAAAGAAUAAUCAAUUAAGUAUCGAUGAUUGGAUAUUUGCUAUGAGUACACAUGGUAUUCCUGCAGACACUAUCAGUCAAAUCAGUAAAUUACCUAUUCCUGGUAACCUAUAUGCUGAGUUGGCUGACAGGGCUGCCAGAAUCACAAAAGCACCAGAGGCCAUCCUGUACAAUACAGUACACUUACCUGAAACUGUCAAUCUCUAUUAUCAAACACCAAAAGAUGGAAAAUUCAAUGCCAAAAUUGUUACCAUUUUCUCAAAUGUUCAAUAAUAGAAUCUACCAAAUAUAGUUAUCUUGAAUCAAUCAGCAUUCUAUCCAUUUGGAGGUGGUUAGGAUUAUGAUUAAGGAUGGUUAACUAUUCAAGGCGAGAGACAUUUCGUAAACAACGUUCAAAAGGUAGGCAAGGUUGUAUUGCACAUUUUGGAUAAGCCAUUGUCUGAUCCUAUUGAUACUUAUGUAAAUCAAGAGAUCAAGGCUGAAAUUGAUUUGGAUAGGAGAACCAUCUUGCGUAAUCAUCAUACAGCUACUCACAUUGUAUUUGCCGCUUGUAGAAGAGUCCUUGGUCCUCAUGUUUGGUAGAAUGGUGCUCAUAAGAGUGUUAAUAAUGCUCAUCUUGACAUCACUCAUUUUGCUCCCUUAACUAAGGAACAGGAGCAGAAUAUUGAAAAUGAAGUCAACAAAAUAAUUCUAUCAGCCAGAUAGAUUAAUAAGGGAUUCAUGAAUAAGUCAGAUGCUGAAAAAGAAUAUGGAUUCAGAUUGUAUCAAGGCGGUAUUGUACCUGGAAAUGAAUUGAGAGUUGUUAAUAUCGAAGGCAUAGAUGUGGAAGCCUGUUGUGGUACUCAUUGUGACAGCACUUCAGAAGUAGGAUGGGUGAGAAUUCUCAAGACUCAGAAACUUCAGGAUGGAGUAGUCAGACUUUAUUAUGUCGCUGGAGUUAAAACUAUCGAGGUUCUCAAUUCUGAAGGAGAAAUGAUCAAUUAAUUGGUUAAGUUGUGGUCAAUCUCCAAAAACCAAUUGGUCGAGGAAGGAAGCAAAAUAUUUUAGGAGAAGAAACAUUAUGAAACAGCUUACAAUGUAAUUAUUGGCAUUCAUAUUUUAGAGUAUCAAGGCUGAACUUAUCAAAUCUUAAAUGAAAUAUGUCAUUGAUGGACCCAAUCUUAAGACUAUCAUUUAAUCCAAUGAGACAAAUCCGACUGCUUAUUUCAGUGAGAUAGGAAAGUACAUUCAACAAUUAAAGGAUUCCAAAAAAGGACUCAUUUUUGUGGCUGAUACGUUCCUUUAUGGGGCUUUUGGUGAUGGAAACUUCAACGUUGAAGAACUCUGUAAGCAGAUUGAAGAGGAAGGAACUCAAUUGAAAGUCAACAAAUAGAAUAAGAUUAGUGUAAAGGAUGGAAAGGUAUAUUAAAUUAAGUAUGAUCUAGAAAUGCAUUUAAGUUAAUGAUGUGCUAACAUUUUCAGUGUUGGGCAAAUUCAAUAAGAAUAAGGCAUUGAAGUAUCUUAAAGAUCUGCAAUUCGCAUUGUUCUGA